AUGGGAUAUUGGGCACUAUCAGAUCGGGUUAUACUAGUUAAGUUCAAGGGCAAGGCUUUUGACAUAUCGGCAAUCCAAGCAUAUGCACCAACGACGGAUGCAGACUCUGUUGAAAUGGACAGUUUUUUUUAUGAAAAAGUAGAAGCAGCCAUGUCACAAAGUAAAUCGCAGGAUAUCAUUCUUGGUAUAGGAGACCUGAACACGAAAGUAGGUGAAUGCAAAGAAGAUGAUAUUGUUGGUCCACAUGGUUUAGGUACUCGAAAUGAGAUAUUAGUUGAUUGGUGCAAAGAGAAUGAUAUGGUAAAAACAGAUACCUGGUUUAUGAAUCACAAACGAAGGAAAUAUACAUGGGUCAGUCCAAAUUCGAACACACGUAAUCAGAUUGAUUACAGCAUGAUCAACAAACGAUUUCGUAAUGCAGUGAAACAAAGUAACAGCUACCCAGGAACAGAGAUCAACAGUGACCAUAAUCUGGUAUUGGCUAAAGUCCAGAUUAGAUUGCAAGAGAUUGAAGAAGAAUGGAGAGCCUUCGAGGAGACCUUGUACACAAGUGUAGAAGAAACGAUACCUAAAAUCAAAGCUAAAAAGAAGCAGAAAUGGAUGACUGAUUUUAUUCUCGAUAUGAUGGAGGAGCGAAGAAAGGUAAAGGGCAAAGAUAUAUCAAAAUACAAAGAGCUAGACAAUACAAUAAAAGCAAAAUGUAAAGAGGAAAGAGAAAGGAUGAAGUAUGGUAAAAACGGGACCAGCAACUCUCAGUGGAAAUGUUAG